AUGGCCGAUUCCCUUUUCGACAUUUUUGGAGACCACUUGACGCGGCAAGCUGUGAAAAAUGUUACGAGGCAGCCGUUUUCUAAUAUUGAGAAUAUGGGAAAGACUAUCUCAGCCACUCCACUCAAACCAAAUGAGCCCGUGAAAAAACUUGCUGAGAAUAAGAAAACAUUUCUAUCUAACACUGGUAAAACCUUACAAGGCACUCCAAUGCGAAAAGUAUUUACACCACAAGCUGUUAAUGUUGGUCCACUCAUUUAUACAGAUAAUGACACUAAAAAAAAUGACAAAGGUUUUAGCUUUGCUGAACUUGAAUUCCAUAAACCUACAUGUGUAUAUGAUAACUAUCACAGAGAUCUGUUGGACUUUAUGCCAAUAUCAGAGCCAGACAUAAUAAAAAUGUCUCCCCUGAAGACUCCUCCACCAAGUCAUCGAAAUCAUAGCUUUGAGUUUGAUUGUUCUUAUCAGGAUGAUUUCUUUACAGAUGACUUUUCAAUUGAGAGCUUGCCUGAUGAUGAUCUGGGACUGCCAGACUUGUAU